GCCGCAGCAUCGAGUAGUCGCCGCUUGACCAGUGUAGCACGCGUGGCACGUGACAUAUCACACUGAAUUACAACGUAAUUGAUACGAUUCUCGAUAAGCGAGGCCUCAUCGUGUCAGUCCGUAUAGUUGCUCUCGCGAAGUGCCUCCGGCCGCCCCGUUUCUUCCUCGGCACCGCAACUGAUCAGGCUCAAUUCCCGCACGGCGGCGAGGCGGAACAAUGGCGUUGUUCCGCAAUCUGUUCGAUUUCGUUCUGAACGACAAUAAGUUAGACGAGAAACUCGGCCUGACCGAGAAGCAAAAGAGACUGGUGCAGAACACAUGGGCGACCAUUCGUAAAGACGAAGUGUCGGUCGGCGUCACCCUCGUACUCGCCUAUUUCAAACAAUAUCCAGAAGCUCAAAAAGAAUUUAAGCCGUUUAAGGACGUCCCUCUCGACGAACUGUCGAAAAAUAAGAGGUUUCAAGCGCACUGUGCCAAUAUCGUGGCGACGCUUGGCAAAUUGAUCGAACAAAUGCACGAUCCGGAAUUGAUGGAAGCGACCUUGAUUAAUUUUACCGAGAAACACAAGAACCGCGGACAAACACCGAAGCAGUUUGAGGAAUUGAAACAACUGAUGCUAGAGCUUUUCCCUUCCUUAUUCGGGAAGCAAUAUACAUCGGAUGUGCAGGAGGCCUGGAAGAAAACGUUGGACUUGAUCUUUACGAAAAUCAAUCAAGUUUACGCAGAUUGAGAGAUGUGCUCGGGCGCAAUUCUUGAAUUUUAUAAUUGACGAAUCUGUGGCAUGUAUUGUAUAUCGCUUUUUGAAGAUGACAAAUCUGUCGAAAAGUUUAGUCGGCCGUGAUAUGUUCUUCACAAAAUAUAAUAUUUACGAAACUUAUAUAACUAACUUGCGCGACGAACAUUUCGCUGUUCUUUGCAAUAAAUUAUAUUGAUUGGCGUUCUGAGAAACGAAAAGUGUGAUUAACGAAAUCAAUAUGAUGCAAUAUUAUGAUGAAAUUUGUACAUAUAAUAUAUUAUAUGUUCAUAUGGCAAUAAAGUAUAUUGCGUUAGAUUGGUACAACAAA